UAUGAGAUCCACUUGCUUUUAAACAGAUUGAAUCAAAUACAGCUAAAGAAUUGAAAGAUAUGCUGAUUUCUCUGCGUUUUGGUAAACCUCCUGACACUAUCACACCUCAACAACUUUUUACUGAAGUUGAGAAGAAGCUUAAGUCACUGAGCCACCCUUUUUCUCCCAAGGAAGUAGUGGGAGAGUUAUUGUUUUCUGGAUACUUAACAGAGAAACAAUGGUUUCAACUUGAACGUCUCUAUCAAGAAAUAUAUCUAGAAUAUAAGGCUAGGAGAAAUUUGCUUCUGACACGUUUAGAUGUAACAGUAAAAUCUUUCUGUUGGUCAGAGAGGUUAAAAAGUAAAUCAGAUCAGGUAAUGAAUAUAUAUAAGAAGAAAAAAAGUGGAUUAACUGUUGACCCUGCAGUAAAGAUUUCUCAUAUACUUGCUGCUAAAGCAGAUUUGGCCAUAAUUGAGAAAACAAGUAGUGCUUCUGUAAGGAAAAAUACUACAUCAGAAGUGAAUAAAGUCAUCAUAGGUUCUGUCCCAGAUCGAGGUGGACGACCAGAAGAACAGCAGCCUCCUCCUCCAGAAGUUCCCAGCUGGCAAAAGAGUGAUUCAGGGUCUGCAAGAGGUGGGGGACGACCUCCAGCUCAGCACCAAAAAACACAUGAUUCAAAUCCACCAAAGAACACAGGAUUUUCCCGAAAUUAUAAUGACGAAAAUUCUAAAGUCCGUUCCUAUAAUGAAACGCAUUACAAAAAUGAAAGCUUUAAUACUGGGCAGACAUACACUGGUGGAAGAAAUACUGAUUAUAAUGUUCCAGCUUAUCAACCUGUUCAAUACUGUGGGCAGUUAGGAACUCCUCAGUUUGGAUUUGGUGGUUAUUUACCAGCUGGGGAUAAUUUUCAACAAUAUGGUUUACAAGAUGGAUUGAAUCAAUUCGUGCCAAGAGCUAACAGAGGGGGGUAUAGAUUACCAAUGACAAGAGGUGGCUAUGUAGAUAGAGGUCAAUCUCGAGGGCGCACGCGUCGUCGUGGUAGAAAUUAAUACUUCAGAAUAGUAUGGAACUGACUUCAGAAAAAAGGCAAAGAAGGUUCCCCCUCCCCCACUUUGCUGUUCCGAAUUUUAAACUUCUGUACAUUAAACCUUGGUAUUUGUGACAUACUUAUCUAAAUACUAAAAUUAUAUAUUUAAAUAAAUUUUCACGCAUAAUUUGAAUAUAAAAAAGCCUUAUUACUUCUGCACUUUAUUACAGAAGUUUGUUCUAAAUAUGGAACACAAAAUUAUAGUAUUGUUAUUAUUGAUGUCAAUAAAUUAUUGGAUUUCUGUUGCAGUUUUGUCAGUUUAUGUGAAUGUCUUGGAGGGGGAGAACUUACGUUAUUUUUGUUGAUCUUGGCAAAUACAGUUCGAGUAUUUGUAUGUUAAAUAUUUGAAUGUAUGUUUUAUUAAAUAAUUUGAAUUGAA